AUGUCUUCACCAUCAUUAAAAAAAGAAAAUUUUCUUUCAAUGAAUAAUGCAUCAUUGAACUUUGAUAUUUUAACGAAGAUAUUCGAGCAAUUUUUUAUUUAUUCACGAACAGAAGAUAUCAAGAUAGCCGACACAUUAUUUGCUUGUACGUUGGUAAAUAAACAAUGGUGUGAAUCAGCUUUACCACUUCUUUGGAGGGAUCCUUUUCAAUUUAUUAGUGAUGACUCUCCUUCAAAUGAUAAGGCGGGAGAAUUGGUUACUACAUUAUUAUGUUGUUUAACAAAAGAAGAAUGUCAACAGUUUUAUUUAACAAUGAAGGGAUAUAUUGGACCUAGAUUUAUAAGCCUUCCUCCAUUAUUUAGAAGACGUCCUUUUUUUAAUUAUCCUAAUUAUAUUAAACAUUUACAUACAAAGGGGUUGAUUAAUUCUGCAUGGAAUUGGUUCAAAAUUACUUAUCAAAACGGUGAAGAAAUCAGUAGUUCAAAUACUAGUGAACUUAAUUCUUCGAGCAUCACAACUUCUAGCUCGUCCGGAACGCUUAAUAGUAUAUCGUUGAAGGAUAGAUCAAACAGUUCAUUAAGUAUUAAUAAUGAUACUUCCAAUUCUGAUGCAUGGAGUAAAUCUGAAAGAAGAACAUUUGUGGAGCAAAUUAUUGAAUGUUUAUUACAAAUGUUUGUCGCCAGAAACGUUGGUUUCAAAAAUGUUUACGUUGAGAAUGAUUUUAAUAGAUGUUUUUUCAAAGGUCAAUUCAUUAAUUGUUUUAAACAAAUUCAAAAAUUGGAUAUACUUGAAAUGAGAAUUCCGGAGUAUCCUGAUAUGUUAAACAUUUGGAAAGAUUUUUCGAACUUAACCUCUCUUUCGAUAAAGGUGGAAUAUCCAUUAGAUAAUCAUUAUUCAAAUCUAUCACGAAUUUUACAAUCCACAUCCCAUUUACGUAAAUUGAAACUCGUUUCUGGUGAAACGAAGUACAUAUUACCGCUUUUAUCACCAAAAUAUUCAUCGUCAAUUCAACAUUUAAUUUUUGAUAGUAUUGCAUUUGAUACUUCUGAUGCUUGGCAUCUUUUAUCCAAUUUCACUCAAUUAAGAAAAAUGAAAUUAAUUCAAUGUUGGUUUAAUCCAAUUGUUGAUGACGAUAGUAAACAAAAAAUGUUUUCUGUCAUAACUCAAAUGCAAUUUAAUCAUUUAAAAUUAUUUGUUUGUGUUACAAAUGAAGUUAAUAUUGAAGAUGAAGCUAAAAGUGAACUUGUACUUUGGGGUGUACAACAACAUGCUAUCGUCGCUUUAGAAAAUCCUGGGUUGGAAAAUGUUAGGAUUUAUCAUGAGUCUAUGAUAAGUGGAUUACAAGUUGAUGCGGUUAAACAUCAUCGUUACACCUCUUACAUGAAAGAGAUUAAGAAAUCUUUGAAAACUCAAUCAUAG